CCUCAGAACCUGGGGCUUCUCCUAGAGACAGGGGCCUCAGUCCCUACAGCCGUGCCCGAAGCUAUGGGGGAUGUGGUGCUGCCCCUGGAGGCAGAGGAGCCUAGCAUGGCCCGGGCCUUGGUCCGCAGUGUGGGUGGCUUCACCCUGGGAUUGUCCUUGGCCACGGCCUAUGGGCUUCUGGAGCUGCUGGUGGAGGGGCACAGCCCCUGGGGCUGCCUGGUGGGCACCGUCACUUUGGCUGCCUUCCUUAGCCUGGGCAUGGGGUUCUCCCGCCAGGUCCGAGCCACUGUCUUUCUGAUGCUGCCCCAGGCCUUCUCCAGGCAUGGCCGGAUGUUGCUGCUGGUGGCUGCCUUUGGGGUGGUGCUCCAGGGGCCUUGUGCCAACACUCUGCACAACUUCUCCCUGGCCAGUGAGGCUGUGGCCUGUGGGGCGGAGCUGGCUCUGAACCAGACUGCGGAGGUGCUGGAGCAGGCCAAGCAGCCCCUCGUCAGUGCUCUGAACAAGAUUAAAGCUAUUGCCCGCAAGGCCAAAGUGGUGGCUGACCAGAUCCGCAAGUUCUUUCGCUCAAUCAUGGAUGGCGUGAAGCACGUGGCCAGGGCCCUGAGGAAUGUGUGGUAUUGGCUCCUCCACAUCGGUGACGUCUGCAACUCCGAGCUGGGCAACCCUUACUCAAAGUGUGCGCGGGUUUUUGAUGACGCCAAAGACAACUGCAUGAAGAUCAUACCACAAGCCUACCACCUGUGUUACACGCUUGUGCCCUUCAAACUGGUGCUGUGUGGACUCGCCAGCUUGGUCCAGGUGUUCUGCAUCAUCCCCAAGUACAUCCAGCCCUUCUUGCGAAGGACCAUCGGCAUCCCUGUGAUGAAGCUUAUCAACCGAGUCCGUCAGGAGUUUGAGUUUAACAUGACAGUCACCCACUACUUCUCCGUGGACCUCAAUGCCUCUCGAAGCCUCUCCCAGGUGGCUCUGGACCUCCACGAGGCCAUCAGCCUGAAGCUGCACAGCUUCAGGGAGGCCCUAGCUCUGAUGGGCUACACCACGCCUCUGCUGCUCUCGCUCCUCUACCUCCAAGCCCUGUUUUACCGGUACGCCUACCUGAACUGGGAUGAUUUCGACAACAUCUACAUCACCAGCCGCUUCCUGCGCAAGGAGGCUGUGCGCUCCCUGGCAGGGCUGCCCACAGUGCUGCCGCUCAGCGCCCACGAGGCCAGACAUUACAUCCAGCCUGACUCCAUCUUCCUGUCCCAAUGGGAGCAGAUUUUUUACAUCCUGGAGUUCUUCGGCCUGAUGCGCCACCUUGUCUUCAUGUUUCUCCUGGUCUUCCUGGACUAUGCUGUCUUCUGGGUGCUCGACUUGGCCCGGUACCAGCUUCAAGGGGAGAUAGUGGCCCGCAGCCCCGUGUUAGUGACCAUAACCGUGGAAGGGACAGGAUACACAGGGAAUAUUUACCGUGACCUGGUGUCAGCUUUCGAUGUCCUGCAGCAAGGCAAUGUCAGCAUCUUGUCCCGGCGCUGCCUCCUGCAGCCCUCAGAGCCAGACUCCACCAGUUACAUAGUCAUCGGCGCCAUGUACGGCCUGUGCUUCUUUGUCACUCUGUGUGGUGGUUAUGUCAGCCGGCUCCGGCGGGUCAUCUGUGCCUCCUACUACCCAUCCCGUGAACAGGAAAGGAUCUCCUACCUCUAUAACGUGCUUCUAAGCCGCCGAACUAACCUGCAGGCCAACCUGCAACGAGCGGUGAGGCGCCGGGCAGCUGACCAGGGUCACGUGAGUGCCCCCCAGGAGCUGGCCAUCUGGUGCCCAUGGCUGAGACCAUUUAUCAGGCAGUUUCAGUCGCACCAGCCCUACUGCUUGGGCUGUGGGCAGCCUCCAGAGAAAGGGGACCUGGAGAGCUUUGUGUUCUGCAGUACGCCAGGGUGCCAAGGUCGCUACUGCCAGGACUGCUACCGCCUCCUAGGCAACACCUGCUCUGUGUGCGCCACUCCCCUCUCCUAUCAGGGGGACCUGGACAUAGAGCUGGACUCCAGUGAGGAGGAGGGCCCCCAGAUAUGGCUGGCUGCGGCUGGAAGGAGGGCCACUGAGGAGGAACCAAUCCUGCAGCAACAGCUCCACGUAGCGCUGGACAGCAGCCACUCGGAGCCGUCCAGCUCUGGGUCCAGUGACCUGGAGGACAAGGGGAUUUAGCAGAGGUAGCACAUGGCCAUGGCUCCUGCCUGAAACCCACCCAGGAUCUGCCUGGAUUUCUCAUCCCCUCAGAAAUCCUCUGCCCCUCAGCAGCCCCCUCCCCAGAACCCUCUGUCUCUCACCUCCCUCUCCUCCUGAUCCCUCCUCCCAUCCACUCCGAAAAUAAAGGAACCAAAAGUGGACACAAGUGUGAAUCUUAAAUUAUUAUUUCUUCCUGUCGCUUACACCCAAGGUGGGGGGGGGCAGGGCUAGGGGAAGGGAACAGGAGAGGAGGGGAACACCUCCCCUCCUAAGGCACUGAAUGGGAAAGCCACAGUAGGGAGAGGGGAGGCCACAUUGACCCACUCUCUGGGGCCAGGCCCCAGGUCUCCCCUGCCCUGGGCUCCCCUCAUCACCUGAAAUGCUAAGGUGAGGCCCAGGGCACCGACCUGCCCUCCCACCCCAAUAUAUUACAUCAUCACUUUUUAAAUAGAUACAGGGACUGGUUCCACUACCCCUUCCCUGUGACCCCUCCCCACUGUUGGGGGUACCUGGGCAGCUGUGCAAAUGGGCAUAGGGGUACAUGGGAAGGGGGUUGAGCACCGGGCCCCUGAACCUGCCCCUUGGAGAAGGAAGGGGGCCACCAGGCCAAUGAGGGAAAAUAGUGCAAGGCGGAGCCCAGGCCGCAAUGGGGGUCCAGCACCCAGCGAGGAAGGGGUUGGGGACACUCCCCGGCCCCCAGCAGAAUGGGGGAGUUAAAAAUCUGAAACUAGAUUUCAACAAAACCAACAGAAGAGGCUAUGUACAGAUGAGGGUGGAUUCAAUCCUAGGGGAAGUGAGAGGAUUCUUUUCCCCUGACCCACAAGGCGGCCGGCUGGCAAGGAUCUGAGAAGGGGUCCCUCUUCCACAGGACCGCAACGCAACCCACCACCUCCGAGAGAACGCGCCAGUCUGCGGGCCGGGGCUCCUGGGGGGCAGGAAGACAGCUGGCGCCCAAUGGCCGCGGGGGGCGCUCGCCCAUUUGCGCAGGGCUCGGCCGCCAGGUGGCGCCGGCUUGCCUGCUGCCCGCCAGGCUCCCCAACCCCUCACCCGGUCCCACACCCUGCGCCCCGCCAGCCCGGGGGCGGCGUGAGUCAGGGGCGGCCGCGGUGGCGGCUCCGGCUCGCACCUGGGCGGGGAGGAGGUAGGCAGAAGAGGGGAGACGCGCCCGGCCCGCCCUGCCCUCUGGCCCCGGGGAGGGAGCGGCGGG